ACUGAGUCUAUCAUAUCUGACAGUUUUCUAUAACAUUUUUAGAUGGAGAUGCGUUUUUAAAUUCCUUUCAGUUUAUUAUUAAAUUUAGUUUUUAGAUUAUUUUUAUCUUUAGAUAUAUAUUUUUACCAACGUAAAUCAUGCCCGAGUGUGUGUCCUGCCCCGCCGCAGCGCCCUGCGCGCCCACCGCUGGCAUCAAGUCCGGCCCUCGCGAUGGGAAGCCCUUGGACGGCAAGCAAGAGCUCAGCUGCAUGUGCCGCUCGUGCUGUUGCGGCAAACCGCCGAUUGUUAAACCAUGCUACAAGCAACCAAAAAUCCCCGAUUCGUAUGCUCCUCGGCGAUGUUACAUGAAGCCCACGGCUCGAGUAGAGAACUGCACUACAUACAAUAUGUCGUAUCUGCCGGUUGAUGGAUGUAAGAAUCUUCGUGGAGAAGCGAAAAAACCAGAACCCAAUUUGGUGCCCAGCUGUGAGCCAAUGGAGUCGUGUACUGUUCAAAAGUUAUCCUUUCUGCCGAACCCAGUAUGCGUGACGCAGGCGAUCCGUCCGUGCCACCACGACAUGUGGGGGCAGGGCCCGAUGCAGAACCUCACCACGCAGCGGCACGACUAUGUGCCGAAGCCCUGUGUGCUCAGAGAGAGCUGUAAGCCGCCAGCGAAGUUUCACUGUGUGGACCAGCCCUUUGAAAAUCGCACAGUUAACAAGCUGUCCUAUUUGCCCCCGGAUAAGAUGGAACCAGUCAAAUCGUACGCACCAGAGCGUUGUUAUGAAAAGCCAGCGGCCAAAAUGGAAUCGAGCACAACGCACAAGCUCAGCUUUAUGCCAAAUCAGCUGAUGCCGAAAGAGCCUCUACCAUGGGCCUGUAAGGGGCAGUAUCAGAAACCUUGCCAGAAAAUAGAAGAUAAUACUACAUACAGCAUGAGCUUCUUAAACCCAGCGAGUGAUUGCCGCCGCUGCGCCAUUCUACCAAACAGUUGUACGAAUCCCGUCACGGCGUCCAAGCGAUUUGAAACGCAAACCAUAUACAAAAACAGUUAUCUGCCAGCAACUGCGCCCAUACCGCAACCGGUCAAGCCGGUGCCCAACCUGGUGCCAUCCACCGCUUUGAUGGACGGAGACACUGUUCAUAAGCUGUCCUUCCUGCCGAACCCAGUAUGCGUGACGCAGGCGAUCCGUCCGUGCCACCACGACAUGUGGGGGCAGGGCCCGAUGCAGAACCUCACCACGCAGCGGCACGACUAUGUGCCGAAGGCGGCGGCACCGAGGGAGUCUUUCAAACCGGCGCACAAGUUCCACUGUGUGGAACAGCCUUUUGAAAAUCGCACUGUGAAUCGUAUGUCCUUCCUGGACCCAGGGAAAGUGCCUAUACCGACUUCAUACGCACCUAACAGAGGAUAUGAAAAGCCAAGUGCUAAAAUGGAGAGCAGUACAACACAGAAGAUGUCGUACCAGCCCGUGUGCGCGCCGGCGCCGCAGCGGCCGCCCUGGGCCUGCAAGGGACAGUACCAGAAGCCGUGUCAAAAGCUGGAGGGUACAACAAUAUACCGGUCGUCGUUCCUGCCACCCGGCGAGGACUGCACGGAAUACAUCGACCCCUGCUCGUAUGGUGAUUGCAAACCCUGUGACUGUAUGUGCCCAGCUGAAUGCAUAGCGACAGACCCUUGCGCUUGCAAUUUCCCAAGAGCCGAAUGUUGCAGCUAGCGGCCAUUUUGCGUUGUGACGUACCUAAACAAGAUGGCGCGUUUGUAAGGGCUUAUCCUGGCGUAAAAUGUAUAUUUUGAAAUGUAUUUCAAAUUUUAUAAAUUAUUUUUCGAGUGAACUGAAAGGAUGUCAUUUUUUGAUAAAGGUUUUGACUAUGUAUGAUAGUGUACCUAGAUUUACCAUCUUAGUACUUAUAUUUUUGUUGAUAACAGUAUUUAAUAAAGUGGUUGUUAUUA